AUGGCUCCAUUUAUGGUUAAAUCUGCGACGAACAGCCGCUGCCAGGACAUUGCCGCCUGUACACUGAAAUCCAUUAGAUACGAGGGGAUACACGGCCCUGAUCUGAUUGCGAUUGCUUCAUCCUGCCGACAAGCGAGAACCGAGAACCGAGAACCGAGAACCGACUGCCACUGCAGGGCACUCAGCAUCGCAGCACAGUCCGGUGGAUUCCACGUGGGCCACUGCCACAGCCACUGGAGCCUGGCCACUGGCAAAGAAUCUUCCAAUCGAUUUGGUUUCAGAAUUGCACCACAAAAUUGCAUCUUCUUCUCCGAAAUGGCAACAGGGACACAUCAAUACGAAUGCUCCACACUGAUUGAGACAGGCUGAGAGAGAGAGAAGC